AUGCACAAGGACUUUAAUUACGCAAUCGAAAUUAUGGAGAUAGAGAAAAUAAAAUUGCAUGAACAAAUUGAUUAUCUUUAGUAAUAGAUAUAGCAAUUGACGAAUGAGUAUAGUGAUAAGAUCUUAGAAAAGGAUGAAGAAUUAGUUACAGCCUUUCUUAAAAUGCAACAAGCAGAAAAACUGAAUAACGAAUUAAUUUCAAAAUUACAGUCAACCAAAAAAAAUGAAGAAUAGCUAAAUAAUGCAAAUUAUAAUUUCAUCACCCUACAAAGGAAAUUGGAUCAUCAAAUUUAGGAAAAUUAAAAACUAGAAUAAAAGGUCAAAUUGCUAUCGGAAUAGAGCAUGCAAUUCCAAUAAAAAUGGCAACGAGUAUCUAUUCAAUUAAAGCAAUAAACAACUCAAAAAGUAAGUGCUAGAACUAUAGAAUAAUAAUUAAGUCUCAAACAAGAUGAGUGCUAGUAACUUAAAGAGAAACUAGUUCAAUAUCAACUAGAAUUAACGAUUGUCAAACAGAGUGAUUAAGAGUACAAACAAUCGAUUCAUUAAAAAAUGUAGGUACUUUAUUAGGAAUUGAGGGAAGCCUAAUAGAAAUUACAACAAAAUCAAUAUAUUUCUUAACAACACAAACAAGAAUGUUAGUAAUGCGAAUACUUUAGAAAUGAAACUGAAUAAUUGAAGUAAAUCAUCAAUCAAGAUCAAAUCUCACAAGAAUAAAAUAGAAUCAACAGUCAGAUUAAUCAACAAUAGCAUUAGCAAAUGAAAGAAUACCAAAACAAAAUUAUGGAGUUGGAGUAUGAAAAUUAAAACUUAAAGCAGUAGAUCUAACUUCCUGAAUCUAUUAGCAAUCUCAAAAGCAACGAUUGUCUCAACAUCAAAUCCAUCAUCAAUCAUCCUCUAUACAUUAAGAUGACUAAAUUGGUUGAGUAAUUGACUAAUCAGACUUAACAAGAACUGUUUAGGAAAUCAUUGAAUGAGCUAGGAUUAGAAAUUGAAAAACGAGAAAACAAAGAACAAUAACUAUAGGAGUGUAGAACCAUGUAUGAUAGAUUGCUGAUCAAAUACUAUGCAUUACAAAAGAGUAUCAAUAAGAUUGAAGAGAAUAGCAAUGCUAAUUACUAUGCAACUUAAUAAAUUACUUCAUCGAAAUAAUAGACUCUUCAGAAGAAGACGAAUUAGUUGGAUUCCUUUUUAUAAGAAUAGGAGACAACUAAAUAAAUGAAAUAAUCAAUAUUUUCCAAUACCCCAAAACAGAGAGUAAAUAACAAACUAAAUUUAAGUUUAGAUAGUUGUUAAUUUAAAAAAUGA